AAAUCUAGUGUAAUAUUUACUUCCUAUCAGUGCAGAAGAGGACCAAAAGCAAUACGUCAGAUUCAGAUUUAUACAGUGGAGUUUAGGAGGUGUUAGUGAACAGAAGGAAAGUUUACAGUGCUAAUUCGUGAGAAUCCAUACUGUCAUACUGUUUUCUGUGGACUGAUUGCGUGGUGUGUAUUUAUCUGUGUCCGUCUGAGUUAAAGCAACAUGAAUCUGUCAUUUGCUGGGUGUGGGUUUUUGGGAAUAUACCACGUUGGUGUAGCUGGAUGUUUCAAGAAAUAUGCACCUCAUCUGCUUCUUGACAAGAUAUCGGGAGCAUCAGCAGGGGCAAUUGCAGCUUGUGGUCUAUUAUGCGACUUGCCAUUAGGUGAAAUAUUAAGCCAUGUGCUGCGUGUGGUUGGUGAAGCUCGGCAGAGAAUGCUUGGGCCCUUCAGUCCAUCAUUCAAUAUUCAUGAUCUUUUAUUAGAAGGACUGAACAAGGCACUUCCUGAAGAUGCCCACUUGAGGGUGAAUGGGAAACUCCAUAUUUCUCUGACUCGAGUUUAUGAUGGAAAGAAUGUUAUUGUUUCUCAGUUCAGUAGCAGAGAGGACCUUGUUCAGGCUCUCCUGGCGACCUCAUUUAUUCCAGUUUUCUCUGGAAUUCUCCCUCCCAGGUUCCAUGGAAUACGAUAUAUGGACGGAGGGUUUAGUGAUAACUUGCCCAUGCUAGACGAAAACACUAUUACUGUGAGCCCAUUCUGUGGAGAGAGUGACAUUUGCCCCCGUGACUUGUCGUCUCAACUUUUUCAUAUAAAUUUCUCGAACACAAGUAUUGAGCUGUCUCGUCAUAACAUCUAUAGGUUAGUCAGGAUACUGUUUCCACCAAAGCCAGAGGUUUUGUCUAACAUGUGCAAACAAGGAUUUGAUGAUGCACUGAUGUUCCUGCACAGGAAUAACCUCAUCAGCUGCACAAGAUGUUUGGCUGUUCAGUCAACAUAUGUCAUAUCAGAGACCAUGGAUGAGAGUCUUGAAUUUGACCCAGAGUGUCAAGAAUGCAAAAUUCACAGACAAGAAGCACUUGUCUCAAAACUCCCGGACACCAUACUGUCCCUUUUUGAAGAAGCAAUGGAGUCUGCCAACCAGGGUAUUGUAAACUGGAUAUUCAAGCAUCGUGGGUUGAAGGUUCUGUCUGUUCUCAGCUUGCCAUACACCUUGCCUGCUGAAAUUAUCUACGCCACGUUCACAAAAUUCAUGGCGAAUGCACCGAAUCUGUGCAGCAACGUGUGGCUAUUGGGUCAGUACCUGUUGAACCAGCUGUUAGCCCUCCUAAACAAAAUGAACAAGAAACAUCAGCAGCCCAGUACCAAAGUCAGAUGUCAGCUUGCAAUUACCGAAUUUGGAGGCACCAAAUAUGACAUAGAGAGCACUGAGGACACUCCUGUUGCUGUGAAGAAUAAGAUGAAUAUUAACUUCACACUCAAUCUUGAUGAAAGAAAUCCAUCUGAAACAACAAAUGUACGGAAAUUGCCACCAACACUGUCAAGACAGCCAAGCCUUACCGUGAAUUACACUGAUCGUGGGGCACAGGUGGAAGACGACACAUUUGAACACAUUUUGCAAGAGACAGCACAUCAUGAUACUGUGAUGGCUUUUUAUUAUAUGGAUGAGAACAACAAGGUUAAAGUAACAGAGAUAGUUGAUGUAACGGACGCAGAUUCCAGCAUUGUGCUAUCACCAGAAGAAUGCGAAAACAAUAUUCAACUGGAAUUUGAUGAUGAUGAUGAGUGGCUCUCACAACAUGUCAUGCAAACAGAAGAUGAUCUAUAUUAUGGGGAAGAUGAGCUGCGAAUGUCUGAUGUUUCAGUGGAGGAAGGCAAUGUUGAUGGUGCCGAUUCAAGAAAUAUCUUCUCAGACCCUGAAAGCGAAUGGAAUAGUCCUGAAACUUAUAGGAAACUGUCUGCAGAAAAGUUGAAUAACAUGAAGGAGGCAUUUAGUCUUUCACCAAAUUCUCUGCCAGAGUCUGACCAGCGCACUGAUGAUGAACUUGGUGAUCAGCCCCUACAAAGAAAGCCCUCAUAUGUCAUAAUGAGCAACCUUGUAUGAACUGCUGUAUCUCAUCCUCUCAAGGGGGAUAUUUGCACCUAUGAUGGCUGAGAACUGCAGUUUCCACCAAGAGGUGGGAAGGUUUGAUGUAUAGAACAAAUCAAAGAUAUGUGAUAUAUACCUCAGAAAUAGAGCCUCAAGAUGGUCUGUAACCAUAAAUAAACAUGACCAAUUUCCUUUUUGAGGUAGUUCAGGCCCUCUAGAAAGUUUUGCACUACAUAGGGCCAGUAUAAAAUCUGAGGUUUUCCUGCUGUUGAUUAUGUAAUGGUGCUCUGGCAUAUAUCAUUUAGUACUGCAGAUGUGUACCAGUGUUGCAGACAGACAGGGCAGAAGACUUCUACACUGAAAAUGGGAGCAAUAUGUUCCUAUUAGAUGGUACCCCUUUACCACACUCUGCAGUGUCUUAACCCACAAAACCUCAACAUGUGUACAUAAAGCCCAUUUAAGAUUGGUCACAGUGAAUCAGGAAAUUGAAAUCAAACACCUAGAAGCAUCACAAUAUCAUGCUAAAAUCUGGAUCUCCUCCCCCUGCUCAUUAUUAUUAAUCUUCCUUCGAUGGUGCCUCUUCUGUGGGCAUUUCGCAAUCAGGCCUCUCCAUCUAUCUCUGUCUUCCCAGAGCUGCACCUCCCCAGUUUCCUCCCAUAUGCUUUCUUUAUUCUGUGUGAUAUAUUUCCUAAUCUGUUCCCUCUUGGGCAUUUUCCUUUUAGUUUAAUUUUCAUAACGUUUAUAAUUGUGUCUUUGGUCAUUUUUUAAACAUGUCCAUGCUAUCUUGUUCUGUUUUUGGGCAUUACUUAAUAUUAAUCUGUGUUUGGUCAGUCUUGUGAGUUUACAUGAGCUGGGUGAAUGACAUUUUAUCUUUAAAUGUGGCAACACUGAUGAGAGGAGCUGGGCUAGCGCAGUUGGUAUAGUGACUGGCUAUGAGUUGGACAAUGGAGGUGUCGGAGUUCGAGUCUCAGUAGGGUCAAGAGUUUUCUCUUCUCCACAUCAUCCAGACUGGAUCUGGGGGCCCACCCAGCCUCCUAAUCUAUGUGUACUGGGGACUGUUUCCAUGGGGGUAAAGUGGUGAGGGCUUCAAACUCUCCACUCACUUCCAACCAAUGCUGAGUAUGAGGAAAUGUGGAUAUAUGCAUCAACUCACCCAUAGGCCUUCAUGGCAUAGUGCGUAAUUAGUCAGGGACAGCUUUACCUCUUAAACAUUGACGAGAAGCCAGGUUGAAGGAAUGUGCUGUCAGUAAGGGAGCCCAUACACAUACGAGUCUGGCUUGCGAGUCUGACUCGGCUCAGGUUCCAAUGAGCCAGACUUAUCCGUGCAUAGGUUGCCAUACUCGUGUGUGGUGAAAUUAAUCCGAGCCGGGCUCGCGAGCCACGCUCAUCUGUGUAUGGGCGGCAUAAGACUGAAUCUGCUUAAGAUCUUACAGAGCUCGUCAUCUGUUUAGGGAUUAUAAUUUUACAGUAACCGUAAACAGUGCAGAAAACCAAGCUUCCUUAAAGCUCAAGCCCCCCCUCCUGUAAUGAUUAGUUUUUACAAGAUGAGUUUUAAAACUUUGAAACUUGUCAGUGCGGCUGCUGUAGGGUGGAGAGGUCUUCCUAAUUUUCUAGUGUAAACGUUUAAGACCUCGUGUCUUGUUUGUGUACUCAGUGUUAAUUUAUAUAUUAUUUUUAUUGAUAUAUAUAUAUAUAUAUAUAUAUACACAUGAAGUAAAAAUUGUAUUUAUAUUGUAAAUAAUAUGUUAAAAUAUGAAAUAACUAUUUUGUAGGUUUUUAUUAAAUUUAAAUUGUCCUAAACGAAUUAUAAGGGGUUAUUAUAGUGGUAUGUUACAUUGUGUUAGGGGGUUUCCAAACUCUGUCCAUCAUUUAAUAUUCAUGUUCUGGAAACUAUGUUUCCAUUGUCAGGUGAAAAAAAUUGAUAUGCAAGUAUUCAAUUGUUUCCAUCAGAGUCCAGUGAUUAAUGACAUCCCCAGCUUCAUAUCUGAGAAUGUAAAUGGAAGCAGUUUCUGAUGCAUCAUUUUCUCUUUGGAAUGCUGCUAGACAAUGGACAAAGUCCAGAAACCCCAUAAUACAAAGCCAAAUUUUCAUGUUUAAUUGCUGAUGUGUAGUAUUAAAAUGCUGCUUUUCUCUGAAUUCUCAAGGGUUUGCUUAUGCCAUUUGGGAACAAAACAGAGUUCUUCCAUAAACACAGGCUGUACAUCCAGUAACAUUACUUCUAUAUUUUCUUUUUAAUUAUGAGGAAGAUUUUUUCUAUCUAUGUCUGCCAUACUAUAUCUGCAUCAGAUUUUCCUUUUUUUAAUUUGGAAAAUGUAAUUCUUGAACGUUUUGACACUACAUUUCAGUCAGUUAUUGGAUAAGAAUUAAUCUGAAAAUGUAGUUAGCAUGACAUACCUGCAUAUUAACUGUAGUUCCUAUAGUAAAGCCAUAACAAACACAACAGAACAUUUAUGCUUACAUAAUCUUUUUCUCUUUUAGUGUCCCAAUUUCUUGUAUAUACACAAAUUUGCAUUUAAUAUGUGGUUUCAGCAUUUGCUGCACUAGGACAAAAGAAAAAAGGAAUAUUUGCUAUCACAUGAAAAUCACAUAGAGAUGAACUUGAAUUUUGUUAACAUCUUAAAAAUGUUAUGUUUAAUCAUUUCUCUACUUGAAAAUAUGUAUAAAAAUUUGGACAUUUUGUGAUAUGUGAUGGUUACAUGAUAAAAUGGAGGCCAGUUAGACAAAUUUAAUGUGCUUGUACUUGUUUCAAGUAUCUUUUGAAGGUAUAUGACUGAUAACUAUUUAUUUGGUUUCUCAAGUGGCCAUGUUGUAGAGCAAUAAAAACCUGUCAUUAUAGAUUGAAGAUAACUUCAUCCAGGAUCAUCUUUCCACAGCAAAAUAAUGCACUGGGAACUGUCACACCUAUUUAUAGUAUUAUUUUUGUAUGUAUAUUAUGUAUAGUUGAAUUGUGAUUAAAUAAAUUAUCUAUUUUGUA